AUGCUGCGGCUGCACUUUUUGCUGCUGCAGCGCAGCAGCAGCAGCAGCAGCAGGGGCCGCGACGAGCUCGAGCCGCUGCUGCGCCCCGAGCUGCACCUCGAGACGCGGCUGCAGCAGCUCGCUGUUGCUGCAGACCUCGAGCUCUGGCGCGAGUGUGCUGCAGCAGCAGAAGACAUCUGCAGCUUGGGGCUGCACGACUUGUUCGUGCGUUCGCUGCGCGGGAUCGGCUGUGGGGCGGGGAUCGGGAUCGGGAUCGGGAUCGGGGGCGCCGCCGAGCCCUUCCCCCGCGCCCGCGAGCGCCUCCCGCGCUGGCUCGCGCUGCUCUACGAAAGACUCAGCAGGGUCUUUUGGGUCGCCAAAAACUACCUUUUCCACGCUCUUGCUGCAGUUCGUUUCUUCCUCCACAUCAAGAACUUCAAGAGAAGUGCAGCGCAGCAGGAGCUGCAGAGCCUGGCCAGCGUCGCGGUUUUGGCGGUGCUCGCGGUGCCUCCGGACGCGCAGCAGGACCGCCGUCAGGAGGACUUCUUCGGCGAAAACAGCAUGUUGUCCGUCGCCAACUUCGAACAGCGCAAAAGACUCGCUUUGCUGCUGGGCCACAGCUCCAUGCCUUCCCGCAGCAGUUUGCUGCUGGCCUUGGACUCCAAAGACAUUCUGCAGCACGCAGCCCCCGCCUGCCAGCAGCUCUUCGCGCUUCUCCAGGCCGAGUUCACCCCCCUCAAGCUCUGCUCGCUGUGCGAGCCGCUGCUGAAGGAGCUGGAGCAGCAGCCGCUGCUGCAGCCCUAUGUGCCCGCGCUGAAGCGGGUGGUUAUCAGCCAACUGACGCAGCAGCUGGCGAGGGUUUACGUGAGUUUGUCAAUAGAUCAUUUCACAACUCAAGUUUGUCCCGAGGGUUUUCUGUCUUGGCCGGAAGCAGAGAAGCUGUUGGUGUCUCUGGCGCACAGCAGCCGCCGCGGCGCUGCAGCAGACGGCAGCAGCAGCGCAGCAGCAGCAGCAGCAGCAGCAGCAGCAGCAGCCAACGAGCCCGACGCCUUCAGCGUCCGCAUCGACUACGCAGCUAAAGCCCUCAUCUUCGCCGAAGCAGAUGUUUGUCCCGAGAGGCACAUUCGCAACACCCUCGCCUCCCUCUCCCGCGCCCUCGACACCGCCGUGCAGUGCCUGCAGCCCGAAGAGACACUCGAGCAGCAGCAAGAACGCCUCGCCUACCAGCAGGCCAUCCCAAAGAGACUCGAAGCAGAAGCAGCUAAAAUGAAUGAGCGGCUGCGGCGCACGAACUUGCGGCGGCUGGAGAAGCAGGAGGAGCAGCAAAAGUUGGAGGAAGAAAGAAGACUCCGCGAGGCCGAACAAAGACGCGUCGAGGAGAAACAAGGCAAGCCCCCUGGCUAG